AUGAAUAAAAAAAAUAGCAAAGCUUCAUGGGAUAUAAGAGCCACAAAGGUCUUUAUUGACCUGUGUAUUGAAGAAGUUGAAAAAGGGGGAAGAAGAGGAACUAGUUUGACAAAGCCUGCUUGGACAAGUAUUGAGGAGAACUUUGCUGCAAAGACUGGGAGAGUUUAUACGAAAAUCCAAUUGAAGAACAAAUUUGAUACCUUGCGAAAGGAGUGGCAAUUAUGGGAUAGGCUGCUCCGUGAGACAGGUUUAGGAUGGGAUGCCGAAAGGAAUACUGAAGUUCCAGGCUAUGAGAAAUUUAGAGAAAGAGGGCUUCAAUUUCGGGCUGAAUUGACUCAACUCUUUGGGUUUGUAGUUGCGACUGGACCACAGUCAUGGGCACCUUCUUCCAUGACACUUCUAAGCGAAGGAGUUCCUGAAAAUGAUAUGGAAGAAGGAUCUGGAGAUAGUGAUGAAAUUUUGGGGGCACCAACUGGCAUAAGCGGGGAGUUUAAUUCAGUCACAUUCAAUGACAAUAGUGGAGGAAGUGGAGGCAACACUGGAAUGAGACAGGAAACCAUUCGUGGGAGUAGAAGCACAGGUGGUAGUCGACCUAGUAGCUCAUUAGGGGUUAGAAAAAAGGGUGAAUCCAUGAAAAAGAAAUCUACUACCACUAUGAAAAUAGCGGAUGCACGAAGCAGGAUAGCUCAGGCAAAUGAAAAUGAUUCUCAGCGUGAACAUGAAGAGAUUUCAGAAGCACGUGCUAGGAAGCUAGAAGAAGAAGCACGUGCUUAUGAGACGUCAAUUGCGGGAGUCAUGGAGCACCUUAAUGAAGUUAAUGAAAUUGUUGAUGAUCCUGAUCUGUUUGGCCGGUGCACAACACUUCUUAUGGACAAGCCAGCUGCAAGGGAGAUGUAUGUGGCUCUGAAGAACAAGAGGGAAAAACUACUGAUCUUCUUGAAGCAUGCAACUAAGGAUUGA